GGAAGCUUCACUGGACUUGUCUAUUCAGCAGGUUACGCUUAUGAUCCUGAUUGCAUGUAUAUAAAUGGUACAGGCCGAGACUAUUAUGAAUUUUUCAUUCAAUUGAACAGAUGUGGGACACUUGGAAAAAAUACGCAUACUGAAGAAAAUAAGAAGACGCCCACAAAAAAUUUCAUGUGGAACACUGUAACUGUACAGUACAAUCCACUUAUAGAAGAAGAAUUCGACGAGCACUUCAAAGUUACCUGUGAAUACGGAUACGAUUUUUGGAAAACAGUGACCUUUCCGUUUCUAGACGUAGAAGUAGCAACUGGAAAUCCGGUGGUUUUCACUUUGACUCCACCAGAAUGUUACAUGGAAAUUCGUUAUGGAUAUGGGACUGCAGGAAACAGAGUUACAGGGCCCGUGAGAGUUGGAGAUCCUCUUACACUCAUUAUCUACAUGAGAAGCAAAUAUGAUGGAUUUGAUAUUGUCGUGAACGAUUGCUAUGCUCAUAACGGAGCAACAAAGAAAAUACAGCUCAUAGACGAGUAUGGAUGUCCAGUGGAUGAUAAACUGAUAUCGAGGUUUAGGGGCUCGUGGACAGACGCAGGAGUGUUCGAAACACAAGUUUUUGCCUACAUGAAAACCUUCAGAUUCACUGGUUCACCUGCACUUUACAUCGAAUGUGACGUCCGAAUGUGCCAUGGAAGAUGUCCGAGUCAAACUUGCCACUGGAGGAACAUAAAAACCGUCAAAAAGCGUUCUAUAGAUUCAGAAACAGAUCCUAACACAACAUCGCUUGCUACUGCUGUGCCAACCCUAUCAGAAAAUAUCAAUCUUUUCCAAUCUUUGAGAGUGCUACAAGAAGGAGAGACUGAUGAGGAAAGAAAUAUAUCAUUCACAAGUUACCAAAUGGAUCCUCACAGUGUCUGCAUGAAGACAGGAUGGUUCUCUGCCCUUCUGGCUCUAGGUGGUGGAGCCAUGUGCUUGUUAG